AGUUAUUGGGAAAUAGAUAAAAUUAAUAGUUUAGAUUGUUUUCUUUGAUCAUAUUGUGAAUACAUACAUGAAAAUCAAAAAAGGGAAGUAAAAGUGUAUAGAAACAAUUAGAAAAUGAAAACUACCGUGUUCCCUAUUUAAUGGCCUUGCUUAGAAAGCAUGGCAUCAGAGAACCUACCUCAAGGUUCCACCAGACACCAUCUCAGCCAGGCCAGCAGCAGCCACAUCUUCCCCAUGGCCUUCGUGCUCUGUCUACUGAUGGCCCUGGUGCUGGUCAGCUAUGGCCCAGGAGGAUCCCUGGGCUGUGACCUGUCUCAGAACCACGUGCUGGUUGGCAGGAAGAACCUCAGGCUCCUGGGCCAAAUGAGGAGACUCUCCCCUCGCUUCUGUCUGCAGGACAGAAUGGACUUCGCUUUCCCCCAGGAGAUGGUGGAGGGCGGCCAGCUGCAGGAGGCCCAAGCCAUCUCUGUGCUCCACGAGAUGCUCCAGCAGAGCUUCAACCUCUUCCACACAGAGCGCUCCUCUGCUGCCUGGGACACCACCCUCCUGGAGCAGCUCCGCACGGGACUCCAUCAGCAGCUGGACGACCUGGACGCCUGCCUGGGGCAGGUGAUGGGAGAGGAAGACUCUGUCCUGGGAAGGACGGGCCCCAUGCUGGCCAUGAAGAGGUACUUCCAGGGCAUCCAUGUCUACCUGCAAGAGAAGGAAUACAGCGACUGUGCCUGGGAAAUCGUCAGACUGGAAAUCAUGAGAGCCUUGUCUUCAUCAACCAGCUUACAAGAAAGGUUAAGAAUAAUGGAUGGAUACCUGAUCUCACCUUGA